AUUCAACUUCGCAAUUUCAAUACAAUGUUUGUGUCUGUUUAUUUUAAAAUACCAACAAUAAAAUUUGAUUGAGGGAGUCAGGGUAUAUUAAAACUACGUGGUACCACACAGCCACAGUAGCUUCUGCUACUCUACACAGUACUAUGUAAAAUAUAAAUCUGAUAGUAUGAAUUGGGAAAUAACCUUGGAUUUCGAAUAUGUCGUAACGAAAAAGCCUCCACCUCGGAUUUGCUUUGGCACUGGACUAGAAAGGGAGACGUUGCCUGCCAGUGGACCAAACCUCAGCCCUUUUAUGAAGAGAACCGCGCCUGAAGUAACACCGAACUUAGGACCAGCUACUUAUGUCAACAAUCGCGAUGCUUUCUAUGAUUUAACGCACAGGAUUUACAGCAAAUACGGAUGUGGAGCCAGGUCUCCGAGAUUCAAAACGAAGCACGAGUACCAGCCACCUCCGCAAGAGCCUGAACCUGCCAAGCCUAUCCCACAGCACUGCGCUCCUUUCAACUCCACCUCGAAGAGAAAAGGACUCUUUAAAACUAGCCAAACUCCUUCACCGUGUGACUACAAUGCAGAAUAUAAAAGACGACAAAUGAAGUUUAUUUACAGUUUCUCCGGAAGAAAAGUUCUAAAAUGUGCAGUUGAGAUGAAAUGCGUUCCAUAUAACUUGGACGCUUGCAGCGUUUGUGGCUGUUCCUGCUCCGCUCAGGGGGAUUACUGGCAAUACGAGAACAGAAUAUUCCUCUGUAGAAAACAUUACGAUAGAUUGUUCAAACAUUGUCUGUCCAAGUUUCAAGGCAUAAAACUUAUAGAAUUUAAGUCAAUUCGCGACUGCUUCUUUGCACAUGCACACAACAGUUGCAAAGCGGCUCUUAAAAUAAUGAAAAUGGAGGAGAUAACGAAGAAAUUAAGAACCGAAGCAUAUUUGGAUUUAUAUUUCCCACAAAGAAAACUUUGCACAGAAUAAUCC